AUGAAGUACUCCAUUGCUUCUCUUGCGUCGCUCGUGGCCUUCGGAGAGUGCCUUUCUUUGCCUCCACUUAUCCCCACCAUUCCCGGUGUCACUGAGGCUCUGACUACCAACGCUCCUCCUUUGCCUAUCUUGCAGGUCCCGACUCCUCCUCUGGAGAGUCCUCCUUUUACUCCCAGUGACAUCAAGCCCAAGAAGAUUGGAUAUUUUUGGACUGGUUCCGCUGAUAAGUUCCACAAGGAUUUCCUUGCCACUUACAGUCUGGAUGAUGAUACCUUCGGUACACUUUUGUGGGUGACGGAUGUUCCCUCUAGUGGAAACGAUCCCCACCAUCUUGGACCUUCCCUCGACGGAAAGACCCUUUGGGGUGGUGGCCUGCUCUCUCUCUUGAAGACUCAGGACACUGGAUUCUACUUUGAUACCUCCGACCCAUACCGCCCCAAGUUCUUGAAGAGCAACCGUGGUAUCCUCGGGUCCAUUGCUGAUGAGGUCCGUGCUAAGCCUGACGGUGGCUUCUUCAUUACCUACAUGGGUUCUGCCGUUGGUACCUCUCCCGGUCGUCUCAUCGAGACCGAUGCCAACUUCGACAUUAUCCACGAAUGGCCCGAGGAUGUGGAGGGAACCCUCAACAUUCUUGGUCAGCAGUUCUCUCCUCACGGUCUUAGCAUUGACUGGGAGAAGAAGCUGAUUCUUACCUCCGAUUUCGUUGAGCCCAUCACUAUCCUGAAGCCCAGUGCUGGUGUGCGUCACGCCGAUACCCUCCGUCUUUGGGACCUGGACUCGAGGAAGAUUCUUAGCACCCUCACCAUCCCCAAUGGUGGCGGUAUCCAAGAUGUCAAGUUCAUCCCUGGUCACCCCGAGUCCGCCGCUAUUGCCACUGCCGUGCACUUGGGUCAACUCUGGGUCAUCUACCCUCUGCGCAAGGAUGCGAACGGCAACCAGGGUGUGAUCGAAGAGCUCUACGACCUCGGACCCAAGGCCCGCGACACCAUCGCUAUCUAUUCCGACAUCAGUCAAGACGGCAAGUACUUCUACGCCACUCUGACGACCGCCAACCACGUUGCUGCCCUUGACAUCAGCGACCUGAACAACAUUAAGCGCCUUGAUGACCCCGAUGAGGACCAGCCCACCGUCGGCCCCCACUACAUUAAGGUCACUCCCGAUCAGAAACACUUGGUUGUCACCGAUUACUUCGUGCAGACCGGCGAGAUUGGUAUCAUCAACACCCCUGCUGACUUCAAGGCUCUUUACAUCGAUCUACAAGAGGAUGGAAGUCUUUCUUUCAACCGAACCAUUGACUUCAGCAAGGAGUUUGCCAACCGUGGCGGAGCUAAGCCUCACUCCAGUGUUGUCUUUGAUCUCACUGACCCUGAGAACCCUCUUUACUACUAG